CAAAUAGGGACAGCACAAUACGGUGGCUGCUUACCAGUCAGAGACAUCUGUAGCUAACUUGUAAACCUUGUAUUAGUGGACAGACUGAAGAAAACAUCAUCUAUUGUAAAAACAGAGUGGUUGCCAUGUUGGGAGAAGCCUUCAUCAGAGUCUUCAGGUACAGGAAAGAGGAUUGUGAUUGUGAUUCCACAAAGGCUCAGGAACGUCCACCACACCCUGCUCCCAAUAUCGUUCUGAACCAAGGUUCAAUGUUAGGAAACAUGGAUGGCCUGGUGCAGUCUGGUCCUAGAGCGACAACCAGGCCCAGUGAUGCCCUCACCAUCCCCAAUAGCCACAGUGACGACUAUGGUGACCUGGAGCUCUAUCGCUCCUGGUGCUGUACCACCUUCUGCAAAGACUACCCCGACCUGCAGCUCAGAGGGGACCAUGUGGGAAACAGGAGUUCAAUGAGCCUGCGGCUGGAGAGUGAGGUGUUCCAAGGGCCACUUCUUCAGUCUCAGGACCUGGGAGAGCUGGAGUCCUUGGAACCCACAGGGCCUGUAGAGGCUGGGGUACAGGUGGAGUCCCAGACCCUGCAGGAUGAGGGUAACCUGGUCAUAGACAGCAGCAUCAUCACCCUGAACAGGGAACCUCUGUCCAACUCCAUGCUGAACGGCUACCUGGAGAGUAAGCUGCUGGAGGUGUACAGACAGCAUAUGCAGGACAGCCUGGCCCGGGGCAGCUCUCCCCUGGUCCAGACCCCUCCCCAGGGCCUGGUACCAGAACCAGUGAAGCAGCUCAGCCAGUAUCUCUGUCAGGACCACGGCCUAGACUCCAGUACGGCCCAGAGCAUCGUCAUCCACUACCUCAGCACCUGCACCGUGGCCAGCUCCAACUUCAGCUCUCCCGACCUGCGCAUCUCCAACCUACGCAUCCCCAACCCUGAGCCCAGGAAGAAGCCCACCUGACUGAAACCAGCAGUAUUUCCACUUUGUCUGCCAACUUUAACGUACUUGACAAUGCUAAAGCAUUCCACUGAAUCUAUACUUGGUGGUCAGUUGUAUUGCAUUCAAGUGGAAAAUUAAAUUGAUAAUUCGGAAGGAGAUCCCCUCGUUUUGUUGAAUUGUUGAAAGAAAUAUCUUUAGAAAAUGCCACAAUGUCCAAAAUAUUUACUACAUAAAUGCAACCAGUUGCUAUAUUGUCAUGCUUGGCUGCCUGAGACAAUGUCAAGCUUUCGAGUUUAAAGACAAAGAGUAGAAAAACAGGGAACUGUGAGCUGAUCUUGUAAAGAAUCUUGUUUCUGAGAAAUUAUUCCUCACAGAUACUGCUGAUUUGAAAUUAUAUUGUUUUAAACACAGAUUUACAAAACGCCAAAUCUUUUUUUUUUUUCCUAACUUGGUUGUCAAAGCAGAAAAAAUAUUGCCACCUGCUGUCAUACAAAAGCAUUGCAUGUUUACUGCAAGUGUCACAUUGCAUUUUGACAAGAAAGAUAUUACACAACAUCUGUGCCAGAUAAACAUAUCAUGCUGUGCCACAUUUCUAAUGCGUUUUAAUCUUGAAAGCGACUGAAUAAAUAAUAAAUAUUAAUAUGCUAAAGAACUGAGUUAUUGCAGUCAU